AUUAAAUUUUUAUUCGUUGAUUUGGUAUAUCUUUUUUUUUUUUUUUUUUCAUGAAUAUGAAAAUGACAAUCCUUCCAUAUAUUUUCUUUUUUAUUUAAUGCUUCUCAAUUCCUAGACUGACGAUAGCAUUGAUGAACAGUAAAUUAUCGAAUUCGCCAUCACCGGUACUCACCUCGUGAGAAUUUCGGAGUCAUCACUGAUGCAUAUUGCGUCAGCCAGCCUUCUGCAUGUUAUAUAAAAGGGGGCCAGGCGUUGGGUCUACACACACUCCACAGCCUUCUCCCCAUUUCUCCAACUUCAGAGUGGCAGUGAGUGCGCUUGACCAGCAAUGGCGAUUCAUGGGUCUGCAAUGAAAUUAAGCCAAUCUUUUCAUCCAUGCCUGAAAGCUCCAAGACCUAGCAUUGGCAGCAGCUGCAGAAAACAGCUCAACUUGAGAGCCUCUGCUUGUAGCUUGGAGGGUGAAGGAGGGAACAAAGAGAUAAAGAAGGAAAAGGACGGCUGGAAAAUUGAUUUCUCAAAAGAAAAACCAGCCACACCAUUGCUGGACACAAUUAACUAUCCAGUCCACAUGAGGAAUCUGCAAACAAAGGAUCUUGAACAACUAGCAGCAGAGCUUAGAGCAGAAAUCGUGUACACUCUCUCAAAAACAGGGGGGCAUCUGAGUGCAAGCUUAGGAGUAGUGGAGCUGACAGUGGCUCUACACCAUGUGUUCAGUGCACCUGAAGACAAAAUAAUAUGGGAUGUUGGUCAUCAGGCAUAUCCACACAAAAUUCUUACAGGCAGGAGAUCUAGGAUGCACACCAUAAGGAAAACUUCGGGGCUUGCAGGGUUUCCUAAGAGGGAUGAAAGCAUCUAUGAUGCUUUUGGUGCAGGGCAUAGUUCCACCAGCAUCUCCGCUGGUCUUGGUAUGGCAAUUGGAAGAGAUCUCUUAAGGAAGAAUAAUAAUGUUGUUUCUGUGAUUGGAGAUGGAGCAAUGACAGCAGGUCAAGCAUACGAGGCCAUGAACAAUGCAGGAUACCUUGAUACUAACAUGAUUGUCAUAUUGAAUGACAAUAAGCAAGUCUCUUUACCCACAGCCACUCUUGAUGGCCCUGCAACUCCUGUUGGAGCCUUAAGUGGCACUCUAACCAAGCUCCAAGCAAGCACUCAAUUCCGGAAACUUCGCGAAGCUGCAAAAACCAUUACAAAGCAAAUGGGAGGGCAAGCACAUGGAGUUGCAGCAAAAGUAGAUGAAUAUGCCAGGAGUAUGCUUAGUGCGUCUGGAUCAACUUUCUUUGAGGAGUUGGGAUUAUAUUAUAUAGGUCCAAUGGAUGGGCACAAUAUCCAAGAUUUAGUCAGCAUUUUACAGGAAGUGAAAACAAUGCCAGCACCAGGGCCAGUUCUAAUACACAUAGUAACGGAGAAAGGGAAGGGCUAUCCACCAGCAGAGGCAGCAGCUGAUAAAAUGCAUGGCGUUGUGAAGUUUGAUCCAAAAACAGGCCAGCAGUUCAAGUCCAAGUCUUCUACGCUUUCAUACACCCAGUACUUUGCUGAAUCUCUAGUGAAAGAAGCUGAGAUAGAUAACAAGAUUGUAGCUAUUCAUGCGGCAAUGGGUGGUGGAACUGGACUCAACCAUUUCCAAAAUAGAUUUCCUGACCGCUGCUUUGAUGUGGGGAUUGCCGAGCAACAUGCUGUUACAUUCGCAGCUGGUUUAGCCACAGAGGGUCUCAAGCCAUUCUGUGCAAUCUACUCAUCAUUCCUGCAACGAGGUUAUGAUCAGGUGGUGCACGAUGUAGAUCUUCAGAAACUACCUGUCCGCUUUGCAAUGGAUCGAGCUGGUUUAGUUGGUGCAGAUGGACCAACCCAUUGUGGAGCUUUUGAUAUCACAUUCAUGGCUUGCUUGCCCAACAUGGUGGUCAUGGCUCCAUCUGAUGAAGCAGAGUUGAUGCACAUGGUUGCAACAGCUGCAGCAAUUGACGAUAGGCCAAGCUGCUUCAGAUUCCCAAGGGGUAAUGGAGUUGGAGUAAUUCCUCCACCUAACAACAAAGGAAUACCACUUGAGAUUGGAAGGGGAAGAAUACUGAUGGAAGGCAACAGAGCUGCAAUUUUGGGAUAUGGAUCCAUAGUUCGACAUUGCAUUGAAGCUGCAAAUAUGCUCAAAUCACAGAACCUGUCUGUGACAGUGGCUGAUGCACGGUUCUGCAAACCUUUGGAUGCAGAUCUCAUAAUGCGAUUGGCCAAAGAACAUGAAAUCUUGAUUACUGUGGAGGAAGGUUCCAUUGGAGGUUUUGGUUCUCACGUAUCUCACUUCCUGAGCUUAAAUGGUAUUCUAGAUGGACCUUUAAAGUUAAGGGCAAUGGUGCUUCCUGAUAGGUACAUUGAACAUGGAUCACCUCAAGAUCAGAUUGAAGAAGCAGGGCUCACUUCCAAACAUAUCUCUGCAACAGUUUGCUCUCUCCUAGGAAAGCCAAAAGAAGCUUUUAAGUUAACUUGAGCAUGGAGUAGAGAGACCCCGCCUAGUUAAAAUUGCCAAUUCAAAGCUUCAUAAGAUUUUGUAUUGGGCCUUUGACCGGGAGGAAAUUGUAAAGAGUCCCAAAUCAAAAGGCUCACUUUAGGGCUUCAAAAUACUCUGGUCCACAACUGCUUCAGAUCCAUACCUCAAUCCUCAUGACUACAUAGCAUCACCAAUUAGGUAUCCAUGAGUAAUGACUCAAUCAGCGCUUUGUGUCUCAGUGUAUUAUAUACUUCCCAAUGUAGAUGUAGUGUCACCAUUAGACAUCUAAUGUAAUCUUACAAAUUAUCAAAUGAAGAAAAUUAAUAGAGGAAAUAA